GUGAAUCCCGAAUCACUGCGAGCAAUGGCCCCCUGCGCUGUUUUUUCCAAGAAUUUCCUGAAUCCAUUGUGUUUCCUGUUGAUUUUGUUGUUUCCUUGCUUUUGUUCAUCGUCGUUUUUGCAUCCUUUUGCGGCCAACUCAGUUUAUGAACACCGUAACCACACCGCCAUAUCUGCGUUUCGUGUAGUGAAUAGAAGAUUUCUGUCCCAGUGCCCCGAUCCCAACCCUUAUCUCCAAGUUAACGUCAGUAAAACUUCUGGCCUCUCUGAUGAAGAGAAUGUCACGGUGACUGUCAGUGGAGUUUUGCAUCCUGCGGACAGUGAUUGGGUUGCUAUGAUCUCUCCUUCUAAUGCUGAUGUGUCAACUUGUCCCUUAAGCGAGACUUUCUAUUUGCAAACUGGAGAUACAAGUAGCCUUCCUCUCCUCUGCCAUUAUCCUGUGAAGGCACAGUUUGUGAGCAACGAUCCAGAUUAUCUAAGUUGCAAGAAGCAGGAAUGCAAGAAAUAUAACAACGGAGAAUGUGUGGUGACUACAUGCAGUGGUUCAAUAACUUUUCAUGUCGUUAACAUCAGAACAGACAUUGAAUUCGUUUUCUUUGCUGCUGGAUUUGAGACGCCUUGUAUUUUGAGUCGGUCAAAUCCUAUCAAUUUUGCCAAUGCAAAUAAGCCUUUAUAUGGGCAUAUCUCCAGCACAGACUCUUCAGGAACAUCUAUGAGAUUGACAUGGGUCAGCGGCGAUAACGAACCUCAUCAAGUUCAAUAUGGAGAUGGAAAAUCAGAGACAUCACAAGUUUCUACCUUUACACAGGAUGACAUGUGCAGUUCGGCUUUAGCAAGCCCAGCCAAGGACUUUGGGUGGCAUGACCCAGGUUACAUUCAUACAGCAGUCAUGACUGGACUUGAGCCUUCAAAAACCUUUUCUUACAGUUAUGGAAGUGAUUCAGUGGGUUGGAGUGAUAAAAUCCAAUUCCAGACUCCCCCAGCUGGAGGAUCUGAUGAGCUCAAAUUUCUUGCAUACGGUGACAUGGGAAAGGCUCCUCUUGAUGCUUCCGUGGAACACUACAUUCAGCCAGGAUCGCUGUCAGUGAUCAAAGCUAUGGCCAGUGAAAUAGAUGAUGGCAACGUAGAUUCCAUCUUCCACAUUGGUGAUAUAAGCUAUGCAACAGGCUUCUUAGUUGAAUGGGAUUUCUUCCUCAACCUUAUAAGUCCCUUGGCUUCUCGGGUUUCUUACAUGACUGCAAUUGGAAACCAUGAAAGGGAUUACGUAGGGACAGGGUCAGUGUAUGUGACUCCGGAUUCUGGUGGAGAAUGUGGAGUUCCUUAUGAAACUUACUUUCAGAUGCCGACUGCAGCCAAGGACAAGCCAUGGUAUUCCAUAGAGCAAGCAAGUGUUCACUUCACAGUGAUGUCAACUGAACAUGAUUGGUCACAAAAUUCUGAACAGUAUAAUUGGAUGAAACAAGAUAUGGCUUCGGUUGAUCGAUCGAGAACCCCGUGGUUAAUUUUUGCAGGGCACAGGCCAAUGUACAGUUCUACUGGAUCUGGGGUAGACAACAAGUUUCUUGAUGCUGUGGAGCCAUUACUGCUGGAUAACAAGGUUGAUUUGGUUUUGUUUGGCCAUGUUCACAACUAUGAGAGAACCUGUUCAAUAUAUCAAAGUAAUUGCCUGGCAAUGCCUACAAAAGAGGAGGGGAUAGACACAUACGAUCACAGCAACUACAGUGCACCAGUUCAAGCUGUCAUUGGCAUGGCUGGCUUCAGAUUGGACAAGUUCCCUGACUCUGCUGAAAGCUGGAGUCUGACAAGAAUUUCCAAGUUUGGGUACUUAAGAGGACAUGCAACAAGGGAUGAAAUGAAAUUAGAGUUUGUGAAUGCAGAUACAAGAGAGGUUGAAGAUAGCUUCCGUAUCACCAAGAAGCAAAACAGAUAGAAUAUCAAAUGAUGAUAAAAAUGGCACAUGAAUGAUCAUAAUUUCUCUUGUAUAUUCAGUGUUUAUGAAAGGAACAAAAAGUAAUACAAAUUUCAGUUUGUUAUGUGUA